GAUCUGACGCCUCAGAUUCAAUGCAGUAUUGCAGCUUAUUUUGAUCACUCUCCCAGACAGGAUCCAGAUCAUAGGCGGGGCCCAUGGGGGCAUGAUGCGGAUUUCGUAACAAGAACACCCGAAGUAAGCUGGCCUCCUCCGCCUCUCUCUUCUCUCUGUCUCUCUCUCAAUUUCCCAAAAGCCAAACAUCGGCCGCCGAUUCCGACUCGUCUUCGAUCGACAAUGAACCGUUACAAGGCACAACGGCGAGUCCAAAUCGAUGAAUCGGACACUCCCAAGUACGACGACGAUGUACAAGACGAAGAACAACAAGAAGAAAACGGGAUUCGAUUGAGACCGUCGGAUAGCAAUGUGACGGAAGAUCAGGAGCCGUUCAUGGGAUUCAAAGCCAGACGAAAAGCCUCCCUCCGUAGAGAAUACAAAGGAGACUACUUAGAUGUCCCUUCCCGCCCCUUCUUAAUGAAGAUCUUGCAAAAACAAGGUGACAAGCAAGUUUUAUUUGCUGAUAAAGUUUUGAAGUUCACUUCAUCAGGGAAGAUGAAACGGCGAAUUCUUAUGAUUACUGAUUUUGCAAUUUACAUUGUUGACCCUGACACCGAUGCACUUAAACGCCGGAUUGCUUUAGCAGCCGUCGACAAGAUGUGUUUGAGUGAAUUAAGUGAUAAUUUCUUCGCCAUUAUCAUUCCAACGGAGUAUGAUUUACUUAUGGCGAGUACUCGCAAAACUGAAAUCGUAACUGUCUUGGUUGAAGCUACCAAGAGUGCUUCUGAAUAUGAACUGGAGGUGGUUUUCUCCAAUAGGUUUGAAUAUAAUGCUUCUGCUGACCUUGUUAAGGAGGUUCAAUUUGAGGAAGUUGAAGGGGGUGUUUAGAACAAGAAUUGUGAGGAAGUGAGUUAGUUGCUGCAUGUAUUUUCCUUGAGUGAGACCCUUGUG